AUAGAAAUAGAAGAAUAUUAAUUGAAACAUUAUGAGUAAAAAUAAAUAAAUUUAAAAACUUUCUAUCUUAUUGAAAAUUAUAAAAAUGAAUUUAAUAAAUAAAAUGGUUGAUGUAAUUGGUUGAGUUCGGAAGCAGAGAGUGCACUUGGAAGAAGAAGAAGACGAAGAAGAGGAAAAAUGCCGAGCAGCAGGUUUUCUGGUUCGCUGUCGUCUCCGAAGGUGGAUGUUUUCGUCGACAUGGGCAAUCCCUUCCUCAAUCACACCGUCGAUGGCUUCUUGAAGAUCGGAACUGUCGCCGCCACUAGAGCCGCCGCUGAGGAAUCUUAUUACAUCCUUAAGAGAGGGAAUUUUUCACAAGAGAAACUUGAGCAUUCGUUGAAGAAGAUGUGCAAAGAAGGUGCAUAUUGGGGAACUGUAGCUGGAGUUUAUGUUGGAAUGGAGUAUGGAGUGGAAAGGAUUCGAGGUACCAGAGAUUGGAAGAAUGCUAUGGUUGGGGGUGCAUUGGCUGGAGCUUUGAUAUCUGUUGCCAGCAACAACAAAAGAGACAGGAUUGCAGUAGAUGCCAUCACAGGGGGUGCUGUGGCAACUGCAGCAGAGUUCCUCAACUACCUCACCUGAGUAAACUGGAACUCAAUAUUCUUGAGUUCUUCAGACUGCAACAAAGAACUAUUUAGUGCAUAUUUUAUCAUUUCCUUUGAAAUUUGUUAGUUUGGAAGAGUGAACCCUAUAUGUUAAUACACUCACUUCAUGCUAUGCAAAUUGCUCUUCAAGUAUUUGUUGGGA